AUGCCUAUGGACUGUAUGGAUAACGUGAACUUGGGAAACUGUUUGUGGUUUGAAGGAGGAAGUGAAAAAAGAAAUGUUGUUGCUGGGAUGAUAUCAGGACUUCUGUUUGCAGUCGGAUGGUGGCUAAUAAUUGAUGGCAUGGCUGUAAACCCUAGUCAAGUACCCGGUACCUAUCACAUAUGUGGAUUGGUUGGAACAUUUUCAUUGUUUAUGAUUAACGUAGUAUCUAAUUCUCAAAUUCGAGGAGAAGCUUACUCAGGAGGAUGGUUUGGACCCAGAGGAGCACGUAGUUGGUUAUUUAUGGGUUUUGUAUUAGGUUUUGCUGCUUUGAUUGCUGCUUGUUGGAUAUUUUUUGCUGAUUUUGUAGCAGCCAAAAGUUCAGUUAAACCAAAUAUGACAGUUGGACUUGAACUGUUUUUUCAGAAUGCUUUUAUAUUUGCUGCUUCUCUGAUUUACAAAUUUGGUCGUGUGGAAGAUCAAUGGUAA